AUGUACCUUGCAUAUGUUGACGUACGCGGUGAACAUGUAACCGAUAUCGGUGCUGUUGCCGUGGCUGAAGACGAUGAGCUCCCGGUCCUCCCUCACCCUAGGUUCUUCAUCCUCCUCCUCGUCGCCGGAACGAGGCCUGUGGCGCAUCACCACCACGGACAAGCGCUGGUUGCGCGGACCACGGAGGAAGGUGUGGAACAGGUCGAUACCAUACAGCCCGAGGGUGCUGGUGACGGCGGUAGGAGGGCCGUGGCCCUUCUUCAAAAGGAACGUUCCAUACUUGUCUAUGGCAUAUCCGCGCCUCGUGGGCGGUUUAAACGCCACGUUGCUGAUUACCAAGUCCCUCAAACGGCUGCGCGGGGAUUUAGAGGGGAAAACGACAGUGUCGGUGAGCGCGAACGACUGCGCGUUCACGUCCCGCGCCACCAGGUCGUCCGGCUCGUUUUUGUUGAUCUGCCAGAGCCGCUUGAUGAGCUUGAACUCCUGCCUGGAGUCCGUGAUGGCGCGCAGUGCCAUCGCGAACGCGGUGUGAAAGGCGUCGUACAAGUUCUUUUGCAGCCCCGUGAGGUGGUGGAAGGCCUCCUCGAAUCUGUACAUGAUGGUCAGCUGACAGCGCUCCGCGGUGUGCCCGACCGUGUACUCCACGUGCGCCGACACGGCGUCCAUCCAGUGCUUUUCGAGCUCCGCGAGCGCCUCCUCGAGGCUGUUCACGUUGAUGAGGUCCUCGACGCGGUAGAACAUGACCCGCUUCUGCUGCAUACAGUCGAGCCACCACACCACCCACGCCAUGUGCACGGGGCAGAACUUGAUGUCGAUCUUGAAGUCCAUCAGAAUCGCUUCGGCCAUCUGUUCGAGCGCAAACACCUCAGAGAGCCGUUUGCCUGGCACGCUGGACUUCACCAGCUGCUUGAGCAGCACGGUGCCGUUCCGGUGUUGCAUGCGAUCCCCGAAGGUAGAGCACACUCCGCAGGUGAGCGAUUCUAUGAGGUUCUGCCGCUGCUCUUCGUUGCCCUUGUUGGGCAGUAUGUACGCGUCGGUCGAGGUCAGCAGGCCGAUCUCUUCCGCGAUCAUGCCCAGCAGGGCGUCGGAGAAGCUCCCGUCGUACUUCAUGGAUGA